AUGUACGCUGGCAGACAAGGCGAAGAGGCCAAGGCGGCUGCCAGCCAUCUGCCAUGGGUGGAGAAGUACCGCCCUAGCACGCUGGAGAGCGUCGUCGCGCACGAGGACAUUCUCAGCACGUUGCGGCACCUCAUGGAUAGCGGUAACAUGCCCCACCUCCUGCUCUACGGUCCACCUGGUACCGGUAAGACGACCACCAUUAAGGCAUGCGCGUAUUACCUCUACGGUAAGGAUCGAGUGCGCGCGAACGUACUCGAGAUGAACGCGUCCGAUGACCGUGGCAUCGACGUGGUGCGCCAGCAGACUCGCGAGUUCGCUAGCACCUCCUCCAUAUUUUCGAUGAUGGGCUCCGGCAGCUCGACUGGAAGUGGAGGCGGCGGCCCGGCGGCAAAGUUUAAGCUUGUGAUCCUCGAUGAGGCAGACCAGAUGUCCUACGAUGCCCAGGCGGCGCUGCGUCGCGUUAUCGAGAAGUACACGCGCAACGUGCGCUUCUGCAUUCUGUGCAACCACAUCAACAAAAUCAUACCCGCCCUGCAGUCUCGGUGCACUCGCUUCCGCUUCGCGCCGGUGAAGAAGUCGGCGAUGAUGCCGCGCCUCCGGUACGUGGCGGAGCAGGAGGGUGUCAAGUAUACGACCGACGGACUGGCGGCCGCGUUCCGCCUCAGCCGCGGUGAUUUGCGCCGGUGCCUCAACACCAUGCAGUCUUCAGCGCUCUCUGCAAACGAGAUUACGGAGGAGUCGGUUUAUCGAGUCACCGGGAACCCGACUCCUGCCGACGUGACAGCGAUCGUGUCGGAUAUGCUCUCCAGCGACUUCGCGACAAGCUGGAUCAAGGUGGAGGAGGGUGUUUUGCAGAAGGGCAUCUCCAUGGCGGAUCUGACUCGCGAGAUUCACCCUAUUAUGAUGGCCAUGGACUUACCGCAGGACUGCAAGUGCUUUCUGCUAAUGAAGUUAUCCGAUCUGGAGUACUACGCAGCGGGCGGUGCACGCGAGUCAGCCGGGCUUGGUGGACUGCUGGGGGCCUUUCAGCUCGUCAAAGAGGCCGUGACGCAGCGAAAGCCAAUCAAGGAUGUGGCUGGGGAGUGCGUUUGCUGA